AUGAUCGUCCAGAACCUCCUCGUCGCAUUCACUCUCUCUGCUUUGGGCCUCGCCCAGGAGAUCGACAACAAUGACAUUCCUCGCGAGUGCAAUGCUGUCUGCUCGGCCAUUGUGACACUUGCCCGAGACUGCGAUCGCCAAUUCAACGACGAUGAUCGCGGCGAGCUCAACUGCAUCUGCUCUGCCACCAACUCCAACACCCAGCUUCCCAUUUGCGAAGCCUGCGUUUCCAACUUCGACAACGACCGCAACGACAAUGACGUGAACGACCUUCUCCGCUCUUGCAACUUCAGCACAACAACCUACAACCCCUCCGCCGCAUCCGCCACCGCUGUCACCGUCUCUGGAUCCUCCAUCAGCAUCGCAACUUCUGUCGCCCCCACCGGCGCCUCUGCCACCAAUGCUUCCGGCAGCUCUGCAGCAUCCGCCGGAACCACCGCCAACACGGGAGCCACCCAGGCCACCCAGGCCGCUACCUCCUCUUCCACCGGCGCCGCCGCUCCCGCCAUGACCAUGGCUCCGGCCGCUGGCUUCGCCGCCAUGGGCGUCGUCGGCAUCGCCAUGGGAAUGAUGUAA